CUAUAAAAGGGAGCUGCGAACACUGACUUCAUUUUCUUGCUUCACUGACUUCCUGAGGAUGUCUGGACGUGGCAAAGGUGGAAAGGGUCUGGGUAAAGGUGGUGCCAAGCGCCACCGUAAGGUGCUGCGGGACAACAUCCAGGGCAUCACCAAGCCUGCCAUUCGGCGUCUGGCCCGGCGUGGGGGUGUCAAGCGCAUCUCCGGUCUCAUCUACGAGGAGACCCGCGGGGUGCUCAAGGUCUUCUUGGAGAAUGUGAUCCGGGACGCGGUCACCUACACCGAGCACGCCAAGCGCAAGACGGUCACCGCCAUGGACGUGGUCUACGCUCUCAAGCGCCAGGGGCGCACUCUUUAUGGCUUCGGCGGCUAAGAUAAAAAGCACUUGCAACCUAGUCGUUUACUAAAAAGGCCCUUUUUAGGGCCCCCAAGUUUUCACCGAAAGAGCUGGGCUGAAGUGAUUACCUGCAAAGAAGUUUCUUAAGAAAGCUAUUAUUAAUGAGUUCUUUAGAGCGGUUGUAUAAGGUCAACUCAGUGGGGUUGCGUGUAGAGGGCGAUUAUUAACUUAUCACAGGCCAAGGUUCUCCGAGGCGGAGGCAGAGUCUGCUAGCCAACUACUCUCGCUGCAGGUUGGAGCUGCCUGGAGCCUCAUAAAAUCUGGGUCGUUAGCCUAACCAAAAGUUAGUGAAGAGGCCUGAGGCCUAGAGGGCCUCGCCCACCGUUAGCAACCUCUCUCCAGUCCUUUAAAUAUAUUAACGUCAGGGUGAGGAGUCUGAGCAGAGCAGUAACUUGCACUCAGUGCAGGGACGUUGAGGAAAGUUUUCUGGUGUUUGGUUAAGAAAGCUGUGGCAGAGAGCUCCACUGGGGGUAAAUACAUGGGGUAUACAACAGACGCUAAAGAAUACCACACCACUUAAAGUAAAUGUUACCACCUAAAGUUAAUUCAAAUACAGUUGAAUCCCUCCGCGUCUCCUUCCUCUCUCAGUACUAUGGCUGUUUCCCCAGCCCGGAAUUAACCAGGAUCCUGAUUUUGGUGUUUGUUCCCAUGUUUUCUAUUUUUUAACUUUAGAUGUGCAUACCCUUAAGCAAUAUAGCAUUAUUUUGCAAGUUUUAAAAACUUUAAAACGUAUAUUUUUGUACAUCUUUAUAAAACUUUUUUUCUACAUUUGCUUUUGAAAUAUAUCCGUGUCAAAACGUGUAAUUCUAGUUUAUCUUUUCACCCAAUUACAAACAGUGUUGCAAUGGGCAUUGUAAACAGCUGUGCUCUUUCUCUAGUUACAUAUCUAGGAGUCGAAGUGCUUGGUAAUAGGGUAUAUGCGUAUUCAGCGUGAAAAGAAAUGAACAAUUUGCUUUCUGGGGUUUUAUGUUCACUUUACACUCCCAUAUUCCACCAGGAGUCUUUGACAGUUGUUGUUACUGCAUACUUCAACAUUUGCUAAAUUUUUGGCCAAUCUAAGGAUUUUCUAAAUAGUAUCCCAUUGGCGUUCUUAAGUUUUACUUCUCUGAUUCUAAUAAAGUUGCUUUUUUAAUGGAAUUUUUAGCUGUUUAAGUUUUCUUCCCUUUCUGGAAACUGCCUUCCAUUCUUUGCUCAUUUUUUUAUUUCCUGGAAUUUAUUUAUUAUUUGUAAGUAUUCUUUGGGGUUUUUUUGGCUUUUAAUCUUUUGUGAAUAUGCAUGUGGCAAAUAUAGGCUGUCACCUUGUGGAUUGGUUUGUUUUUAAACAUUAUUCCUAUCCAUAUGCGCAAAAAUUAAUUUUAAUAAUGUUGAAUUUAUGUUUUUGAUAACUUUUGUGAAUGCUGCCUUUUCAUAUAGGAGUUAUUUCCCUCUCCCUCAAUUCCCCAAAGAGCUUCAGGCAUCAACUGGACAAAAAAAUAAUCUAUGAUACUUAUCUCAUUUGGCUUGAAUUGAGAGUAAGGCUUUUCUGAACGAGUUGAUAACAGACUGACCUUUCUAUUCUCUUAAAAAAUGAUUAACUGAAUGCCUAAAAUUUGCAAGGUGUUGCGAGAGGCAAAGAGUGAGACAGAAGAGAAAAUAAUACCUAAAUUAUAUUGAAAGUUUAUUCAAAUCUGUGCCAAAUGCUUUACAUGGAUUAUCUCAUGUAACAUUCUUGUGAGAUAGGUUUUAUUAUCCUCAUUUUAAAAUGGCAAAAUAGAGGCACUGACAGCCAAGUCAAAUAACCAAGUCACAAAUAUAUUAUAUUCUAUAACCUAAAGCUGUAAUAUUCUUAAUCAUUCUCUCAGUAGAUAGAGAAGCCAUCACAAAGAGUAGGUACUGGUCCUAAUCCUACAACGGAGAAUUUGGGAAAAUGUGUCAGGCCAGGUACAAGAUCUGCCUGUGGCUAUCCCAAUGUAAUUUCAUUAUUCAAUCUCUUCUACAAUUGGUUUGAUUGUGGGCCUGAGAAAGUUGUUUAUUCUCUCCCUCUCCUCACACCCAUCUCAUUGUUUCUCCGGAGAGCAGCGAAUUUAACAGCUGAAAGGAAUCACAAAGUUCAGCUCAAUAUUCUUUGAGGAAUAGGUAAACAAAUGCACAAGAGUUUAAUUUGCUCAAAUUAGAGGCACAAGAUCCCAAUUCUUAUUAAUGUACCCUUGUUUUUCCUCAUUAUGCCAUCUCUUUGUCACUUAUUUCCUCUCUAGCCAUAUAUAUUUGACUUAAAAACUAGUAAAUUGGUCAUUUAAGAUCUGGUUUGUGUUUCCUCCAUUCCAUUUCUUUACUCAGGAGAAAAACUAUACUUCUCAUCUUUGCCUUACAGACUAUUUAUUACUUCUGGUGGUCUGGCAUUCUCCUAAACCCAAAUGGGUUGUAGAGGCCAAAAUUUAAAUAAAACUGAACAAAAGGCAUUGUUCUGACUAUUUAACGCCCCUCCCUGUCAUUCUUCAUCUUUUUAAUCACACCGUAUCACCUAAAAGAACAUGAAGUAACUGCUCAGCUAAGACGCUGCACUUUUAGCUCAGAGACCAAAUUUAAGUAUGUAAACGCAGAUUAGAACUCCGAUGGUGGAGAGAAAAAGGAAACGUGACACAAAAGGCCAAUAGGAUUUCAACCGGAAGGUACUCGGCUUCCACGCGAUUCAAGGAUCUAUUUUCGCGCCAAAGCCAGAAAUCUUUGUGUUACACACACACACACAGGGAAAGAAAAAAAAAAAACUUGUUUAACAUCUCCGGCCUUGCCCUUUUCUUGAUUAUAUAAGGGAGACACUUUGUCAGUGUAUCUGAUUUCUUUCUAGCCAGAGACUGUUAGGAGUACACAUCCUUUCUUCAGCAUAAUGUAAUCCUCAACCACCCCAAGAUAAUCGCCUUUACUUAAGCCCAGAUCCGAACAUGUAUUUACAGCUCUAAUGUUGACAACUUAGUGGCUCUUAAAAGAGCCUUUGGGGAUGGGAUUGAAGACGCUUACUUGACAAAUUUACUUGGCGCUGGUGUACUUGGUGACGGCCUUGGUGCCCUCCGACACGGCGUGCUUGGCCAGCUCCCCGGGCAGCAGCAGGCGCACGGCCGUCUGGAUCUCCCUGGAGGUGAUGGUCGAGCGCUUGUUGUAAUGCGCCAGGCGCGACGCCUCGCCCGCGAUGCGCUC